UUUGUAUUAAUUUCUCAGAAAUAUCAUAUAUGUAUUUAUUAAGUAAUUGGGAUGGUGGGUCGGUUGGUUGGUUGAUUAAAGUUGAUUGAUCUUUAAAUGUAAAUGUUAUUGGAAUGGUGUCUGCAAUGACCAUUCACUUUAGUCUCUAUUUGCUAGAAACAAAACUAUGGCUAGAAAUGAAACUUUGAUACGGCUUGUAAAGUGAGGCAGUAAACAGCAUAACCAGCCGAUUGUAAGAUAACAAUGUGGUUCGUACAGUAUAAAAUCAGGAGAGAAGUCAGUGAGGUAACUAAACAGACACUCAUUUGCUCUUGAAACUCAGAGACCACAAGAUGACUUUCUCUUGUCCAACUAAGAGAAUGGCUCAGAACUCCUUGAAAAUUAGGCUGCAGGGUUUGGAAUGCCACUUCACCUGGAAGUUGGACUACAGCAGAUCUAAACUGGAAAGUCUCAGAGAAACCCUGAUAGAUAUCAUCAGCAGCGAGGGGGUUCAAUGUUCCUGGACGGGUCAUCUGUACAACCUCAUGGCUUACCUACACCACGCUUUGGGCUCCACAGAGGACGCUCUUCAUUACCUGAAGAAGGCUGAAGAGGCCAUUCGCCUAAACAGCCCAGACGACGUUGAGCUAAGUCUGGUGGUCCACUAUGGGAACUUGGCCUGGGUGCACUAUCACCAAUGGGAGCUGACAGAGAGCCAGACCUAUGUGGAGAAGGUGGGGAGACUACUGCAGGACAACCCCUCGCCCUGCCCAGGUGUAGUGUGGGGAGAAAGGGCCUGGACUUUGAAUAAGUUUGAUGUAAGCAAGAGGAAGGAAGCGGUAUAUUGCUUCCAGAUGGCCUUGAAAGAGGACCCUGAGAACAAGGUGCUGCGCGGUGGCUAUGCCAUAGCAUUUAGUAAAUCUUUUGAAAGGAAAGACAUUACCCCGAAGCUGCGAUCUGAGAUGUUGGAGCACCUACGGAUUGCUAGAGAAUUGGAUCCAGAACAUUUGACCAUGACAGUGAUGUACCUGCAGAGGCUUGCAGAGAGUGGCCAGGUUGAGGAAGCACGUAAACUUGCAGAGGAAGUGAUAGAGAAGCCUUUGGACAGCUUUGGUGGAUUUGGACUCAUACUAUCAUUUUUCAGAGAAUACGUCUCUCAUGAUUCAAGCAUUGACCUGGCAAGAAGGACCCUGGAGAGACACCCUGAUUUACGCCAACUGAAGAAGCGUCUUGCACAGUGUUACAAAUGGAAGAUUUUCUCUCCAGAAGAGAAAAGGAACCCAAUGAGGCAUAUUCUGAUUGAAAACGCAGUCAACCUUUAUGAAGAGGUGGUCACACUCUACCCAAAAUCCCUUGCGGUAAAAGUGGAUUUGUCUGCCAUGUACAAAGAAUCUGGCAGAGUUGAUAGAGCAGAUAAGAUAUUCGAGGACCUGCUUCUUGAUAGGGAAGGAAUGGAACCACUGGAUUUACAAACAUUAUACAACAGGUAUGCCCAACAUCUGCUUUAUGCCAAACAAGAUGCUUCCAGGUCAAUUGAUAUCCACAAGAAGGCAGUAGAGAUUAUGCUACACACUGGCCAUCGUGACAGCAGUGUUCGUGUUUUGUUGUCCGUUGUCCAUAAUGGAGGAGACAGAGCUGAGGAAAUUGUUGACUUUCUGGAUGGACUUGAUGGAGAAGGUGCUGUCAGCCAGUUCUAGACCUUUUUUUCCAAUAAAGUAUUGAAUUAACCAGAACUGCGUGUCGAAUCAGUCAAAUUUGCAUGACCUGUUUAUGAUUGAUUCAUGUGGAAAAUAUAUUCACUAUACUUCUAGGACAAAUCUAGGGCAAUCUAGGACAAUUUUUCAUUUAGUACAAACUGAAUACCUUAGUAUUCCAAAUGUCUGUGCUCAAUUUUACUACUGGGAUUGCUGAGAGAUGCAUGAUCAUCAAUACUAACACUGGAAAGGAAAUUCAAGGCUGAGAGUAAAGUCAUAAAUAUGUAGGCCUAACAUGACAAUUAAAGUUAACUGUGGACAAAUGUACUGUAGACAAACGAAUAUGUUAUUUUUAUUGCAUUAUAGAGUAGAGAGGUGCUGUAUAGCCUCACAGACAGACUAUCCAGAGCGAUAGGAUAUUAUUUAUUUUAUUUUCUUCACACUGGGCACAAUAGAUUCUGUUUCUGGAAAAGGUAUGUAAUGUGUAAUAUUAUACUGUCUAAUAUCUUGUAAGUUCUUGUGAAAAUAAAGGUAUUCUGUUCUA